AUGAAAAUAUUUAUUAUUAUUUUAUUAACACUUUUUGGAAUUGUUUUGGCUGGAGAUGCUGAGGACGGCCUUUCGAAAGUUGGAAGGAAAGUUGAUGAAUUUGGACAGGAUGUUAGUGAAACAGUUAAUAAAUUGUCUAAAACUGAGGGAGGUCAGAUUUGGUGUCCCGUGCCGGCUGUGGGCACUCGUUGCCCUGACAGCUCUGUCUUCCAUUACUUCCGUUGCUGCGGGACUUUGAAUAAUGAAUGUUGUCUCAAAUUACAAACAUGGGCUUUUGUUCUACUCGUAGCUGUUGGCGUUUUGAUUGCUUCUUUGAUUUUGCUUAGCGUUAUACGUUGUGUUUUUUGUCGGCGGAAAUAA